AGGCCUUCGAGCCUCAGCGGACGCGCGCCGGAGCGCGCCGGGGGCCCGGCGGGGGGCCCGCCCGACCGGUGCAGAGAGAGAGAGAGAGAGCUCGGCCGCGCAGCGCGGGGGGGCCUAGCCGUGCGGCGGGCCGGCGGUGCGCGGUGCGCGAUGCUGAGGGAGGACAGCGGCGACGACGCCCUGGCCGACAUUGCUGCCGCGUGGGGCGAGGUGCGGGACACAUGGCCGCCCGCGUGGUCUUCGCCGUGGAGUGCCGCAGGACGCGGCCGGGCGAGGCCGUCUUCAUCGUCGGGUCCCACCCGAGCCUGGGCCUGUGGAGCCCGUCCGAGGCGUACGCCCUGAAGACGGAUGCGGCCACCUUCCCGCUGUGGUCCUCCAUGCCGCUGGAGUUCCCUCCGGGGAAGGGCAUCGAGUACAAGUUUAUUUUGCAGCAGGAGAACCGCUCUGGCAACGCGACUUGGGAGGAUUUUGACGGCAACCGGGUCGUCGGCCCGUCGGCCGGCAACGUGAUCACGGCGAGGUCCGCCUGGGGCAGCAAGAACUCCAUGACGAGCACGGUCCCCGCCGCGGACGCCCCGGCCGCAGACGUGCCAUCGGGGGAGCCGUCCGCGGGGCGCGCGCUGCCCACGCGCCGCAAGCUGUCCAUGCAGGAGGAGGACCAGCUCAACGUGGUGAUGGCCGAGAAUUCGGUCGAGGUGGCCUCGUCCGAGGUCCGGAAGGAGUCCGCCCUGGCGAACGUGAUGGCCGAGCGCGAGCCGAUGCGGCGGAACUUCUCGCAGAGCCUGCUCGCCCUGGACGAAGACUGGGACGAGGGCCACGCCAUGGAGCACCAGGCCUCCACGCAGCAGGCCGCGGAGCAGGACGUCGCGGUCGUGCAGACGCCCGCCGCGGAGCAGGACGAGGAGGAGGAGCCGGCCGCGGAGGCUGCUUUCGCCGCCGCGACCGACAAGCCGGCGCGGGGUGUCCCGCUGCGCCACAUCACCAGCUUCUCCGCGCUUACGGUCAUGGCCGAUGCGGAGGAGAAGGCCGAGGCGAGAAGAGGCUCCAAGGCGAAAGCGCAGAAACAUUACGAGCCGUUCAACACAGACGUGCCCGUGGUCAUAGUCUCGAGCGAGAUCGCCCCGUGGUCGAAGACCGGGGGGCUCGGCCUAGUGGCUGCCUCGUACGGGCGCGCGCGCGCCCCGCACCGGCGAG